UCCAGGCAGGAACAGGAGACUGGCCAGGGUGUCAGACCCAGUAGCAGCUCAUCGAUCCUCCAUGGAGGCCAGACAAGUCAUCGAGCCACGGAGAGCGGUGUGGGGAACGAGGGGAUCGCCAAUUGCCGCUGUCUGUGUGACCUCAACGCCUCGGCCAUGAUGUGGACAGACGAGGGCUUCUGUUGUCCAGUUAGACACUCGUACCUCCUGCUGGGGAUGGAGGAUGGCCGGAUACUGUUCAUGGAUCCAGUGGUGAAAGGACAGAAGUACAUGGAGUUCAAAGCUUCAAAAGAUCCAAUUGAGGACAUGAAACACGACCCCUCCCACGACUCCCUGAUAACGCUGUGCUCCCUGAAGGAGCUGAUGCAGAUACAGAUCUGGAGCCUCCCCGACCUGGCUCUGAUGCAUGAGGUCUACUGCUCUCCGGACCUCGCACACUACGCAAGAAUUAAUAUGACGUUCUUGACUGGCCACAAAAGUGGUUGUGUUAACGACUAUAACUUGACACCAGCCGAGGAUCUGGGGAUGUACAAAGCUAAAGCUGUCCCUGAAUUUGCGGAGGUUGUAGACAUCUACAAGCGUCCCGAACACAAUGAAGCCAUCAUAGCUCUAGAUGCUUGCCAGACCAUGAAGAUAUUCUGUUCAUGCAGUGAUGAAGGUGCUGUCAAGAUCUGGGAUGAGUUCCGGGUUCUGCUGACGGAGAUUACGUUGGACAGUUCACUCAGUGCGGCCUGUUUCCUCAACGACUGCGGGGACAUGGUCGUGGGCUUCAAGAAACACAUGUUUUACAUCGACCAUACCAAAGUUUGCCCAUCUCUGACCCCUCCCGAAACAGAACCAGACACGUUUGAUCAAGAGUCGUUUGUGUAUGAAGAUCCUGCCGUUAUGUACGAGGGAGCUAUGGGUAAUCCUGACCCCAUCACUCUCGCUAACUAUCUGGUGCCGUAUGAGCUGGAGUUCUCUAAAGACUUCCUGGAAGGAAAGCUGCAACUUGACCCCAUGAAGGCCAAGAAAGAAGAGGAAUCAGAAGAAGAGUCUGAAUUCUCCAUGGCACCUACUGAGAUCUAUUUCUCCCCACCGGACACCCCCAAACCCCUCUCAACCCUUGACCUAACACUGGGGUCAGAUGUCAGCAAAUAUGACCUCGUCAAGCACAUGGAGAAGACGAUCCAAAUACUCAUAGAACGAGGCAAAAAGAAGAAACAUCGGAGAAGAAAAAGAACCAUCGUUGUCAGUGAUGAAGAGACCGGACAAGGAGGUGGAGAAAAGGGAGAUAACUCCUAUUGAGUUCCCUGUAUUUGGCAGCUCCCCUGGCCCCACCCCCUCCCCCUCCACACCCUCCACACCCCUGUCUGCAAGUGGUGCUGAAGACUCAGAGGGUGAAGGCCAAGUCCGAGCCACGUCCAGACCAGAUGUUGCCCCUGCUUUGACACAUGAACAGAAACUACAAG